CGGUCAAAGGGACCUUCCGCACUCGCUGUGGUGGAAGGCGCGACGCAACCACCGACAGGUUUGCGCGCCGCUCAGCCUUUAUUUUUGCUUUACUCAGCCUUAGAAAAGGAGGAUUGAGGAAUCUGCUACACGUUGUCGCUUCGCCAUCCCUCAGCGGUAGAGCGCCCCCACUUGGGCAAUCAAAUGCGAGGAAUCAACAUGAGGAUGGCAUCGACUUCACCAAAUGUUACCGCAAGUAGUUUGAUUUCUCUUCUCUUCGUUCUCAGUGUUUCACACGCACAUCUGUAACCCAUCUACCAUGGCAAGGCCUUUUACUUGUUGCUCUCUCUCUCUCUCUCGAUCCAGAGGUGGUUGGAGAGAGGCCAUUGUACAAGGACGAAGAGCUCGGGCAGGUUGACGAAAGAAAAAGCUGAGGUGGGGAAGGAGGAAGGCACGGGGCCGCCGUGGUCAUGGCGGGGACCAUCCUGGCCAUGGAGAAAUGUCCAAACUCGGGCGGCGACUCCAUUACAAGAAGCUGCGGAAUCGAAUUGGUGAUGGAACAGCGAUCAUUUUGUUUACCUCUUCGCAUCAGAAUGUUGGAAUCUUGAAGGACGGGGAAAAAAAAAGGUCUUUUUGAGGCUGAAAUCUUCGCGAAGUGGGAUCAACCAAAUGAACGACGCAUAACGCGGUGUGCACCGUGGAAUUCUCGUCUUCUACCGCCUCCGCUCCUUCUCCUCUUCAAUAAAAAUCUUAUCUUGGGAGGGAGGUGGGAGAAAUGGGGAGCAUCGGCAGCGAGGAGCCGGCGCAGUGGGAGAAGGCGGAGGGCGGUGGCACUGUUGGGGAGGAGGAGAGGAUACUGGUUUCGGUGAGGCUGAGGCCGCUCAAUGCCAAGGAGUUGGAGCGCAAUGACACCUCGGAUUGGGAGUGCAUUGAUCGCACCACCGUCGUCUUCAAGAACAACCUCCCCGACCGAUCCAUGUAUCCGACAGCCUAUACUUUUGACAGAGUUUUCGGGUCAAAGUGCGGCACAAGGGAUGUGUACGAGGAAGGAGCCAAGGAAGUUGCUCUUUCUGUUGUAAGUGGAAUUAAUGCAACUAUAUUUGCCUAUGGGCAAACUAACAGCGGAAAGACAUACACAAUGACAGGGAUAACCGAGUAUAGUGUAGCAGAUAUCUAUGACCACAUAAAGAGGAAUGAGGAGAGAGAAUUCAUUCUAAAAUUCUCAGCUAUGGAGAUAUACAAUGAAGUGGUUAGGGAUCUCCUCAGUAUGGAUGGUUCCCCUCUUAGGCUACUUGACGAUCCAGAGAGAGGAACCAUAGUGGAGAAACUUACAGAGGAAACUCUGAGGGAUGAGAACCACCUCAAGGAGCUUCUUUCCACAUGUGAAGCACAAAGACAGACAGGGGAAACCUCCCUAAAUGAAAUGAGCUCACGAUCACAUCAGAUACUCAGAUUGACAAUUGAAAGUUCUGCUCGAGAGCUUCUGAAUAGGAACAGCUCAAGCACUCUUGCAGCCACCAUGAAUUUUGUUGAUCUUGCAGGGAGUGAACGAGCAUCUCAAACUGGUGCUAGACUGAAGGAAGGCUGCCACAUUAAUCGAAGCUUGCUUACCCUUGGAACUGUCAUACGCAAGCUAAGCAAGGGAAGAAAUGGGCAUAUUCCAUAUCGAGAUUCAAAAUUGACACGCAUACUGCAGUCUUCCUUGGGAGGUAAUUCAAGAACAGCUAUUAUCUGUACAAUGAGCCCUGCACGAAGCCACAUCGAGCAGUCCAGGAAUACCCUUCUAUUUGCAAGCUGUGCAAAACAAGUAGUUACAAAUGCACAGGUCAAUGUAGUGAUGUCUGAUAAGGCAUUGGUUAAGCAUCUACAAAGAGAAGUUUUCAGAUUAGAGAGUGAACUGAAAUAUCCAGGAUCGGCCUCCUGUUCUUCUCAUUUUGAAGCCCUAAGGGAUAAAGAUGCUCAGAUUGAAAAGAUGGAGCGAGAAAUCAAGGAGCUGAUACAGCAAAGAGAUCUUGCUCAAUCUCAACUCAAAGAUUUGCUUGCCACUGUAGAUGAUGAUCAAGCUUCAAGUCAAUGGCAUGAACUGAGUCACGCCUCUGUAUCACAUGUGCACAAUAUGCCUGAGGAUGUAUGUUCCAUUUCUGGAACAUCAGGUAUUGCAUAUCAAAGUUCCGAGUUUGGCUCUAUAAGUUUUGAUGCACCACAUCAAAGCAACAAUGAAUAUCAUGUAGAGCUUUCUGAUAAACUGGACAUAGUUCCAGAUAUCUCACCUAGGCACUCAGUUAGCAGUUCUAUGUCUACUGGAAUGAUCUUACAGCAGACAAGGGACAAAAGUUUUGAAGCCUCAUCAAACGAUUUUGAAGACCAUUACAGGGAAGUUAGGUGUAUUGAGAUACAUGCUUUAGGCACAAAUAGAAUUGAGGAGUUCAAUCCACCAUUGACUGAAGAAAGUGAUGAUCUACCAUCUCAGACUGAUUUAGACAAGCUUGAAGAUACUGGACCACAAUCUGUAAGUUAUGCAUUUCUAAGACCUGAAACGGAGCAAUCAGUGAAGAGCAUAUCAGAGACAAUUGAUGAUUUCAUAAAAACAUGUCUUGAUGAUAUGUCUCCAUGGCCCACAAUGCCAAAAAUAAUGACUUUCAGGGAGUUGCCACUAACUAGAAGCAGAAGUUGCAGGGCAAGCCUUAUGACUACGUCAUCCUCUUUUUGGACUGAAGAGGCAGAGCAGCAUGACAGGAGACCACCUACGAACUUCUUGAAUGAGUUUCCUGUCAGCCUUGGCUGGAUUCCAAGAAAAAUUUCUGUGCCAUUGAAUGAUAUAAAAAAUGAGGCACACUCAUUUGAAGGAUCCCAGAACAUGGAAGAGCCUAUUCCUAGUCAUGUCAUUGAAGACCAGAAUAUUAGGAUUGUUCCUGAAGAGGAUAUUACCAAUGCCAGUAACUUUUUUUCAGGAGUGGUUCAGAUGGCUCAGAGCCAGCAUCAAAAGGAACUUACUGAUGAUCAGGAGACUCAAUGGGCCCAAGUUGAAGAAUUCGAAGUUGAGAAAACUGUAAAGGAUGUUGGAGUAGACUCAGUAUUGUAUUCUAUUGAAUCUCCUUCGAGAUGGCCAAUAGAGUUUCAGAGAAAGCAGCAGGAGAUAAUUGAACUUUGGCAUGCAUGCAAUGUUUCCUUAGUCCACAGGACUUACUUUUUCCUACUUUUCAAAGGUGAUCCAUCCGACUCCUUCUACUUGGAAGUGGAGAAUAGAAGGCUAUCCUUUCUAAGAAACACUUCUCUUCCUGAGCAUUCUAACAUGAUAGUGGCUGAAGAUGGUCGUACCAUUAUGUCCUCCUCAAGCUUGAGAUAUCUUCGUCGCGAAAGGCAAAUGCUGUACAGGCAACUGCAGAAAAAGUUAUCCCUAGAAGAAAGGAUCACAAUCUAUUCCAAGUGGAGAAUUGCUCUCAACACGAAACAGAGGAGCCUGCAGCUGGCCCAGCUUGUCUGGACAAAAACUGACAUGCCACAUGUCAGGGAGAGUGCAUCGCUUGUAGCCAAGUUGAUUGGAUUUCAGGAGCAAGGGGAUGCCCUCAAGGAGAUGUUUGGACUCAGUUUCAUACCACAGCAAACUAACCAUAGAUCCUUCAGCUUCACAUACAGGAAGUCUUUGCUCAUGUGAGGAAUAUGUUCAUAUGGUUCACAAGGCACAGCACAAAAUUAGGGGAAACAAAAGGAGAUUGACGAUUGGGAUAAAUUUGUUGUUGUUGUUGUUGUUAUAAGCUUCAUAAAUAGAAUUACAACUGAAGCACUUGGCUGAUUGAACCCUGUGGAUUCUGCACACACAAGCUUCCACGACUCUGCAGUUACUGCCACCAGUAAAUAGUAUUUGGAGUAGCAGUGCUACUCAGAUUGUUUGAUCUCAUCCAUAAAGUCAACUAAGCUACAGCAAGCAUAGAGAGGACUUUCAAAUGAUGUGAGAAGUCAAUGGUGGAAGGAGUCAUUGGUCUAAAAGUCAAGGCAAAAGAACAGAAAACGUGUGGAACUUUGCAGAGUGCAACCUCUCAGGGCCUGUGAUCUCAUAAUAAAUCUUUUGCCUGCCUGAAAGAGAGAGGAGGAGGAAGAAGAAGAAGAAGAAAUGGAAAGGCAACCAAUUGCAUCCACUGGAUCCAAAGGAAACAAGUGGAAGCUUGCUUUACCUUCUUCUCUUUGGCUGGGGAUUUGACUGAGCCUUGGUUUUGUAAUGGUUCAUUUAGAAUUGGUUCUCUUCUCAGUGGAAGCUUUCCAGUCAACACCUAGAAGAUUAUUCUAUGCAGGCACCAGUCUUUUUUGUGCAGCAAUUCAGAUGCUGGCCAUCACCACACCACACCACCACACAAAUCUUGUUCUGCCAAAGCAAAUUCUGGAUUCCUGAACAGUCUAUGUGACCUGUUCUUCCAAUGCUUGCUUUUAGCACCACAAACACCAACUUCAAGAAGGUGAGCUUGCUCAAAUGGACCUGCAAAUUUGGAGCUGGUCUUAAAAAAAUCUCUACCAGAGAAGGUGAUCAGCAUUAGCAUUCAAGUGGAUGAUUGUAUCAUCUCUAAGAUUCUUGGAAAGCUAUGUUCCACACAGAGAUUUGCUCCAAGGAUGAUAACUUGAUGAUCAGGGAAUACAAGCCAAGAAGGAAAAAGUAAAAGAUGAUGACACAAGGGAAGAUAAAGUUGGCAAGCUUAAAGUGAAAGGCCACCUAUUCAAAGUUGCAUCGCCUUCAAGACUACUACAUGCAUCUCCAUCAAUUGCCAUCAGCUCCUCCAAUAAAGAAAAAAGCAAGCAAAGAAAAAGAAAAGACCACUUAGUAAUGCUAUUUUCCUUUCAUUUUUUUUCCUUUUUCUCAUGAUGGCUUAGCAUGAUUCUCGCAGCCAUCCUGCAAUAAUGUCAAUGGUGCUAAUCCAGCAUGGUGUGUAAACAGAUAAUGUAAAAGAAGACAUACUAUAUAUUAUAUAUAUUUCUUUUCUUA